AUGGCGUCCCCCGUAAACGUCCUCCUCUCGUCCUUCCCAGGACUUUCGCUACCCUCAACAGUCUCAUUCUCGCUCUCACCGACGUCAACUCUCUCAGAUCUAUGCGAAAAGGUCUCAUCAUAUAUCCCACCGACUGUGCCACUACAGUCCCUCAUCCUGACGACAACCAAUAACAAACAACUCCUCCCAUCAUCCCGCACCGUCUCCGAUCUCAUCUCACCAAAUGGCGACAUCACAGCAACCUCAAACCUCCUCCCUCUCCGCCUUAGUGUUCCCAUGUGCGGAGGAAAAGGUGGUUUCGGUUCCCAACUCCGUGCCGCUGGUGGGCGCAUGUCAAGCAGACGCAAGCGCAACCAGGGUGACGACAACGCCUCCAGCCGUAACCUCGAUGGCCGACGUAUUCGCACAGUAAAUGAGGCCAAGGCGCUUGCGGAGUAUCUUGCUGUGAAGCCUGAUAUGGACAAGAAGGAGAAGGAGGAACGCCGACGAAGGUGGGAGGCUGUUGUGGAUGCAGCGGAGAAGCGCCAGGAAGAGAUCAAAAACGGUGGUGGAAAGCAGAAGGUUGAUGGUCAAUGGAUGGAAGAUAAAGACGAGAUGAACGAGAAGGCUCGGGAGGCGGUUCUUGCGGCUAUGAAGGAAGGUGUUUGGACUGAUAACCUGAGGGACUCUCUCCUGGGCGGUUCGAGUACGAGUGCGAGUGAAGGAAGUGGACAAGAAAGUGGUUCUGCUUCGGAGGAGAGCGAUGAUGAAACUGAGAUGAAAGAUGCACCUACGCAGUCCGGUCCAUCGAAGGCUGCUGCUGCGCCGAGGAGGUAUAUCGGGUUUGACGAGGAUGACGAAUUCAUGAGCGAUUCGGAAGAAGAAGAAGAGGAUAGUACCGGUGAUUCAAAGGGAAAAGGAAAAGCUAAGGCAUAG